AUGGCGGCCGAAUUUUUGGAAACGACUUCACUUCGAACUCCAUGCAAUGAGUUAAACUGUGAGUGCAAAGAAGGAUUCAAAUAUAUCACAAACUUUGGUGGAGAUAAUGUACAGUGUGAAAAAUGUCCACUGAAUCAGGCAAGGUCCCAGGAUGGCUGGAGAUGUGUUAGCUGUCCAACAGAUGCAGUGUUUAAUCCAGUCUCUCUCAAGUGUAAUGCAUGUCCAGACCUACCAGUUGAGCGUGAAAUUGAUGGAAGAAUUGUGGAAACCGGACAAGUUUGUCGAGUGUGUACCAACUCAACAUUCCGUGUCGGCAACAGGUGUGAGCGCUGUACAGCAUACCUGUCGCUUGAUCCUUCUCUGACAAAUUGUCAAUGUCCUGUAACUAAUCGGAAAGGAGGAUUGUGUUUCGCCUCUACCAUCACCCCUGACUUCAAUGUACCUCUAACAAGUGGAGAUGUGGCAUCACUUUACUUAAGUGAGCAUUUGGAGGCAGCUUACACCAUGUGUCAGUCAAAACAAAAUUCAACUGCCUGCAUCAUUCUGAGUAACCUGUGUGCCCUUACAUGGUACGAGUUUGAUGGGACAAAUGCCAACCGAGCCUGUAACAUGUACAAGGAGAUAGAGGCAAACACGCCUGAGAGUUUGCCUAUGCUGUACUAUGAGGAAGGAAAUGGGGACAGAAUAUUGGAAGACACGUCACAGACCACAGUGUACACCUUUAGUCCAGUGUCCUACCUUAACUUCUAUGUGGCCCGUUAUACAAUUAAUGGAGAAUUCCUGGGUGUGUCACCGGUCACUGGCGGCCUUUUACAGCUCUGUACUGACACAACAAAACGACUAGACGCAGCUUACACAUUUGGAACAUAUUACUCACAGUCGAAUAAAUUAAGCCAAUUUUUUAUACUUCUUAACCAACAACUAGACCUGAAGUUUACGAGAAAUGAUGCAGAACAGAUGUAUAGAACUCCUUUGAGAAUACUAAACUAUGUUAGCAGUGGUAGCUCAGUUAAUACAGGAUCUGAUGCUCAGGACUGGCAGCUGGUGAGGCGAUUCUUCUUGGUGGACAAUGUAGCCUCAGGACCAGUUUCUCCACCAGAGUAUGUGAGAUAUGUGAAGAGUAUCGAGAUAAUUGUUCGACUGACAGAAACAGGAGAUGGUACUAUAUACCCGCCCUACUUCAACAUUGAGUAUGAUCAAGUCUCCCUUACAAGUGCGAACGAAGGGGCAACUAUUUCUCCAACCUUCACCGUCACAUACUGGAUGACUCAGAUCAAAUUUCGGCGAGACUUUCAGAUUGCUACAGGCACCCUGUCCACACUUGGUGUACUAUAUGCAGGGUACAGAGCCUGGGUUUGGUCCAAAAGAGCCGGCAAACUUGCCAUAGAUUUUGGAACUAUCCUCAAUUUUAUCUUCUUUGCAGCUGGGUCUCUUGCAAAUGUCUUCUUCAUCAUCUCAUUUGGCAUUGCUUUUUACUUCCUUGUCUUCUACAAGGACCAGGAUGUUUUAUUCCUAUUUCAUCUGCGUGACUUGGCAGAAGAGGAAUGGUUGGCAUUGUUUGGUUCAGCAUUUGCUUUGAAAGCCUUACAGAUAGUGCACCUGAUUGUCAUCCAAUGCACAGCUGAUGUAUUCUUUAUUGACUGGGAGCGCCCAAGGGGUGCAGGACAGGUCACAGACAGCAAAAAACCCACAGGCAGUGUAUCAAUAUGGCGCACCUACUUUGUAGCUAAUGAAUGGAAUGAAAUUCAGACUACCAGAAAAGUGAACCAUAUUUUCCAGAUUUUUGCAGUAGUGUUUUUCCUGUAUGUUGUGGGUUUUGAAAAUGUGGCUACAAAAGAUCCCAAUGGCAGUGUAAUCAAGGACUCAACAGAGUAUAUGGCUGCCAUGAGUACCAUGUUCAGAUAUGGAAUUGCUGGUUCUGUCUAUCUCAUUGUCGGAGUGGUGCAGUGGAUAUUCUUUACAUUUAUUUACGAGCGGUUUGUAGAGGACGCAAUUCGCCAGUUUGUAGACUUGUGUUCUAUGAGUAACAUCAGUGUGUUUGUGAUGGCCCAUGCCCAGUUUGGAUACUACAUUCAUGGCCGAUCUGUCCACGGUCGAGCUGACACCAACAUGAAGGAGAUGUUCGAGAUGAUGAAGAGAGAGGAGGAAGAUCUAUGUGGUCAGAGAGGUUUGGUGCCGAACACUGACAACCAGACAUUUAUGAUGUCACUGCCACGAAAACUGCGUCUGAAGUACGAACAGGUGAUGCUACCUGUCGCAUUAGAGAAUGCCGGUGCUGUUGGUGCACCAAAGGGAAAGAACACUGCAAAUGAAAAACAGGUGGAAGCUUAUGCAGUGAUAAACAGAUUCUUAUCUGCAUUUAUAGAUCACUCACUUAAGGAUCUGGACUAUGUUGUUAAGGACAAAACAUUGAUGGAGAGCAUCAUGGAUACGGAGUUCUUUGAUGCUUCAGAGAAGGGCAUCUUUUAUAAUGAUGAUGGACAUUCAUUUGACAACUGUCUGUUCUACGGUAAUGAAGGCACACUGUUGCUCUUUGAUACUCUCCUUUUCUGUAUCAUUGAUCUCAUUGCUACCAACUUUGUCCUCGCUGGUGUCAUCACGUAUAUAAUUAUAGAGAUCAUUGCUAUUAUAAGGCGCAGUGGAGGGGAGAAGAACUUAGCCAAGAAAACUCUUGUAGAUGAGAGGUUCCUUAUAUAAGCCAAUCAGAAGCUUUGUUCUAUCUUACUCCUGUCCAGUCUUGUCCAUGGAAGUAGAUACAGACUUCUAGAAUUCCUGGCUAUUGUGUGAUGAAAUGUGGA